AUGGAGCAUCGAUCUGCAUCGCCAAAAAUGGACAACCUAGAUGCUCCUCUCCACUUGUUAGGGUUUGAGAUCGAGGAAUUGUCACCAAGCAAAGUCGCGGGUCGCCUUCUGAUAACGGAAAAAUGUGUGCAGCCUUUCAAGGUGCUGCACGGUGGAGUAUCCGCGUUGAUGGCAGAGUCUUUAGCUAGCAUGGGGGCGCAUAUGGCAUCAGGUUAUAAGAGGGUUGCUGGCAUUCACCUCAGCAUUAGUCAUUUGAAGCAUGCUGAUCUCGGGGAUCUUGUUGUCGCUGAAGCCGCUCCUGUCCAUGUUGGCAAAACCAUUCAGGUCUGGGAGGUGCAAAUUUGGAAAGUUGAUCCUUCGAACUCAAACAAGAAGUCUUUGGUUUCAUCAUCCAGAGUCACUCUCUUAAGCAACAUGCCGGUGCCCGAACAUGCCAAAGGAGCUGCUGAUAAUCUCAAGAGAUAUGCUAAACUGUGA